AGUUUUCGAUGGCUGCAGAAAAGAAAGUUUUUGUGAUUUUCGAUCAUCAGGAGCAACGACACGAUCAGCCAUGGCCAUCAUAUCAUAUUGAAGUUCCGAGGAGGCUUGAUGCGAUUUUGGAGAGGCUUAAUACCACAAAACUGCUCACCGACCCCCGAAUUGAGCACAUUCCCCGCCGGGAAGCGGAAGAAUCGGAAAUUUUGGCGGUACACACGAAACGAUAUGUGGAUGACGUUAAAUCGACAGAAACGAUGACUGUGGAGCAACAAGAAUCAUUCUGCACCAAAUACGAAGACAUCUACGUGAACUCUGCCACGUGGCACCGUGCAAAACUCGCCGCCGGCGCCUCAAUCGACCUGAUGACGUCAGUGAUGGCCGCCAAAAGGCCCGGAAUCGCGUUUAUUCGGCCACCCGGGCACCAUGCGAUGCCUGACGAAGGAUGCGGUUUCUGUAUAUUCAAUAAUGUGGCAAUUGCGGCAAAAGCGGCAAUUCAAAAUGGUCAAAAAGUGCUCAUUGUGGAUUAUGAUGUACACGCUGGAAACGGGACUCAGGAGUGUGUGGAGCAGAUGGGAGAAGGGAAUGUACAAUUGAUUAGUAUUCAUCGUUAUGAAAAUGGACAUUUUUGGCCGAAUAUGCCACAGACUGGCAUUUAUCAUAAUUACAAAAACACGAUAAACCUGCCGCUAAACACCAUCGGGCUCACCGAUGCCGACUAUCAUGCUCUCUUCACUCACAUCAUUCUCCCCACCAUCCAUGCCUUCCAGCCCGAUCUUCUCCUAGUCUCUUCAGGCUUCGAUGCCUCCAUCGGCGAUCCUGAAGGCUCGAUGCAAGUGACGCCAGCAGGAUUCGCUACGAUGAUUCGGAUGCUUAUCGACACUGGGAUCCCUGUGGCGGCGCUUCUCGAAGGCGGCUACUUCCUGGAUGCACUGGCCGCGGAUUCGGAAUGGGUGUUGCGGGCACUGCUGGGCGAGGAGAUCCCACGGAUUCGGGUGGAGAAGAUCCACUCGGCGAUCGCUGACACGAUUGGAAGAGUUGUGAAGAGAUAUGAAGGUUCUUGUCCGUUCUUCAAGAAGGUUCAGGAGCUCCGGGGGAUUCUGGGAUGCCGAGUAGCCGAGGAAGAUCAGCAGGAGGAGGCUACAGACUACACGGGAGAACGGACGGUGCACCCGCCGUACGAGACACGUGGCAUUUAUACUCCGUUCACAGAGCAGAAGGUGGCGGAAUUUAAAGAUCAACUCGAAUCGAUACUCGCCAGCUACACAACCCCUCCCGACUUUUCCGCGGAAACUGAAGCAUUCCACAGUGCCAUAGCCCCUCACAGCUCAGAAAUCAACGAUUUCUACUUUGGAGUCCACGAGGACAAGAUCCUGCUCGGCACGAGCCCAGCGGUUCGGCUUUUCUUCGAACUUCUCUUCACCGCACCCUACGACCCGAAGCACACGAUAAAGCUGUACGGAAAGGUGAAGCCGGAGGAUUUUGGCAAAAUUGAGUUGGAUUCCAGAAGUCUUGGGGAGAUGAAGAAUAUUUCGAUUUUUAAUAAUUUACCCAUUUUUCAAUUGUGAUAUGUGAUUUUUUUUUGUUGGUGAAUUUAACAAUUAAUUGUGAUUAUCUACUGUGUUAUCUACUUGAAAUGAAUAUUAUUUCAUGAAA